GCAGGCAGGCAAGCGAUCCUGUGUCCUGAACGACCUGGCAGAAAUAUUUAGCAUCCAGAAAGGAUGGGGAAGCCAGUGUGCUUCAGCAGUCAGGUGGGGCUUUGUGUCGCUGUGUGUUUUGCAAGAUUCACACACUCUCUUGGAUACAGGGCGUAUGCUGGCAUGUUGAGAUAAGCCGGGAGGGGGGACCUGCACGGUCACCAAGCCAAACAUGAACACAGUGGCCUGCAGGGAUGUCUCUUGCCAGACGCAGCAGGGAAGGUCUUCCGUGGCAAGUCUGAACGGAGGCGCUGAUGAAGACUUAAUCCAACCUGCCUGUCUCUCAGGCGGGAAAGUUCUUCCCAGAGGAAAACUCUCUGCCCAGAUCAGCUCGUGACCAUGAACACCAUCCUGAGUUUGAAGCUUCCCCGGCUGCUCAACACUCACCAGGUUCCCAAAGUUUUCCGAGAGAAGGGCAUUCUUUUUGGGUACCGUCACCCGAGAAGUUCUGCAACAGAUUGCAUCGUCAGCCUUUUCCAAAUGACAAAUGAAACUGUGAAUAUUUGGACGCAUUUUCUGCCUGCCUGGUACUUCCUAUGGAAGCUUUUGGCCUUAGUCUACGCCUUGGAUGUCUGGAGGGACUCGUACACCUGGCCCUUUCUGGCUUACAUGGUCACCUGCUGCAUCUACCCACUGACAUCCAGCAUCGCUCACACGUUCAGCACCAUGUCCAGCCGGGCCAGGCACAUCUGCUACUUCUUUGAUUAUGGUGCCCUUGCCCUGUACAGCUUAGGAUCCGCCAUGGCUUAUUCCGCCUACGUUUUCCCCGAAGAAUGGAUUGGCAGCACAUUCCACCAUUACUACGUCUCCACUGCUGUGCUCAACACAGUCGUGGGCACAAGCCUCUCCUGCUAUUCCAGGCUCGGCCUUCCCUAUUUCCAUUAUAACAGUGGCGGCAUAGAAAGGUUCAAUGAAAUGGAGCAGCCAAAGUUCAGCAAAACAAUUCGCACAUUCGCCUUUGCUCAUCCUUACGUGUUUGACAGCAUCCCUCUCUUCUACAGGCUGUACUUAUGUGCUGCAAGAAGUUGCACGGAGAGCGUAAUUCCAAUCCACCUCAAGCACACUGUCUUUGCCUGCCUCACCUGUUUCCUUUUUGCGACACACCUGCCGGAGCGGCUGGCCCCUGGAGUCUUUGACUACAUAGGGCACAGUCACCAGCUCUUCCACAUCUGUGGGAUCAUUGGGACCCACUUCCAAAUGGAAGCCCUUCUGGUUGACAUGGCCAACCGCCGUGAGUGGCUACUGGCUCCAUCCUUCUCUCAAACCUUUGGGUCCCUUGCAGCUGCCAUCAUUGUCAAUCUUAUCAUCAUUGCUGCUUUCUCAACGACACUCUAUUCCAUGCCAAAAUUCUGCAGGAAAGGAAGCAAGCACAAGGACUAACGCCUGUUGAAAUCAAAAUGAAAUGAAAUGAAAUUGCAGUUAACAGUAGCAGUACAACACAAAUUAGAAACUACUUCAAAUGAGGCUUGGUGAAUAUUAUUUGAGAAGUGACUUAAAUGAUUCUUUUUUUUAUUAUGAAUAUGAUUUUGUAUUGUGGUUUUUCUACAACUUGAGCUGGAAGACUUAACCAAUUUGGGAUGUAGCUUUUCAUUUGUUGAUCCUGAUUGACCAAUUAGAAUACCAAGCUGCAAUUCUGAGGACUCUGUGAGAACUCUAAAUAACUUCAGCCUUCAGUUUGUGUCAGAUUAUUAUUUUUAAAAUAGUGAUUGCAAUUUAACUUGAUGUGCCAGUUUGCACUGAUAACAUAGAAAUGUUGGCCACCUUUCAUGCCAAAGCAACCACAGUGGCCUUUUAACAUAAUUCCAUGUGUUUUUAUGCUUUAUUUGAAAUGACAAGCACAUGUAACAUUUCUAUCACAAAAUACUAAUGUACAUACCUUUCUAAUUCAGAAACUUGCAAUGAAAUAAUAUGAGGUUUCUUUGAAAUUAUAUACUGUAUAUUAAGAAGUUUAUAUUUUUGUAAAUAGCCUUUGCUGGGGUGUCACACAAGCACUUUUUGGUAACAGUAAAUGAAGCUAUUGUGGAAUAAAUGCCCUUUUGAAAGGUACAUUCAACUUGCA